AUGCAAUUCCUACAUUUUACAUCUGAUUUCCAUGGUUCGCUUUUGUUUCUGAAUCGGAUUGCGGGGGAGAUGUCGAUUCUUAGCAUACAUGCAUACAAUCAACAAGGAGAUGGAAACAAAUCUUUACUUCAAACUAUGGAAUUUGCGUCCAAGCUGAAACAACUAUCAAAAGCGAAUAAUAGCUCACAUAAGGCAAUAUGCUUAGAUAAAGGUUUCAUUUCCUGA